GAAAAAUGUGUAGACUGUAUGCACUUAUGAAAGGCACUGAAUUUCAACAAAACAUUGAGUAUCAGUCGUAUGUAAAGCGAAAGUCUGUGUUUUGUGAGUAAUAUUUAGUGAAAGGUUUGGCCUUUUGUUUGGCAUCUGUUUUGCGCGACCAUUGCAUCCACGGAUCAGUUGACGACCACAUAUCGGAUCAGUUGAAGUGACAGAUCGCACACACAAUCGAUGUCAUCGCGAGGAGGAGGAGGUGGAGGACCGCCGCGCGAGUCGUGUCCGAUCGACUGCAAGGUCUAUGUGGGAGAGUUGGGCACAAACGGCACCCGACAGGAGUUGGAGGACGCCUUCCGCUCCUAUGGACCGCUCCGUAACGUAUGGGUCGCCACAAACCCACCGGGAUUUGCGUUCGUCAUGUUUGAGGACUCGCGCGACGCGAAGGACGCCUGUCGUGCCCUCGACGGCAAAAUGAUUUGCGGCCGAAGAGUGAGGGUUGAGAUGUCGACCGGAAAGACCCGACACGACGGCAAAGGCUAUGGCGGACGCGGCGGCGAUCGAUACGGCGGUGGAGGCGGUGGUGGUUAUGGCGGUGGCGGCCAUAGGGGUGGACCGCCGUCGAGAGGGCCUCCGCGAAGAGAGGGCUACAGAGACUCGCGAAGAGAUGACUUCCGGGAGGAAUACUCUUCGCGUCCGCGAGGAAGGCGUUACUCCAGCGCAAAUUGAAUGUCAAAACAUUGAGAAACAAAUGAAUUACACUUCAAUUCACUCAAUGAUAACUUCAUGCCAUUCAAUGAAGGAAUCAAUCAAUCAAUCACUUCCUCAAUGUCUGUGUAUUCGCCGCAAAAAACUAAUACUCGAAAUGAAUUCUCGCAAUGAGUUUCCGCACAGAAAUAUGAGUCCAUUCUUCGUCUGUCGCUCACGACUGACACUUAAUAGCGAUCGAUAUCUCACAAAAACAAAAUGUCUGUCUCUUUAAUGCUGAGAGAAAUGAGACAAAGAAGUGAUUUUCAAAUGGUUGGCAUUAUUAGUGUUAUACCAAUUCUUCCACUUCUAUAUUGUGGUCGACAUAACCAUCGCAUCAAAAGCACGCUUCAUAUGAAAUACCGAACGCAACUCUGAUCACACAUUUCCACAUAUAUCCACAAUCCCUCCAACACUUUCCUCUUAAGCCUCGAUUAGUCUGUUAUAAUUUAGGAGUCAAUAAAUGCGAUGACAUUCUCCUCUCAAACAAACCCCUAUUCCUAUCGAUUCGUCAAUUGACACAAAGAGUGCAUCACUUCUUCGUGUAGUACUUCCUCAACGAGUCGUCACUUCACUUCUUGAUUAUCUUCCUCUCAAAAGGUCACGAAGUCGUUCGGGAAGUCCGUACAGACGCGGCAGUNAUGGACACCAAAAGCAUCGCAAAGUUGACGGC